UUGGACUUCGUCAAAUCUAUGAGCGCAAGCUUCCCUGGAUUUGGACCUUGUCAAUGGGUUUUUUAAGCCUGGAAACAGUCAUCAGAGGCAGCAGACACGGUUUAUGACGACUAAGUUACGAGUAGCUUGGACUAUAAGAGCCUUGUAUCAGUGGUUCAUUUCAUCAAGGAGCGACGCUCAUCUGCGGAUCAUCGAUCACUGCCAAGAGAAUUCGAGGAGGAAGAAGGAGUGCCAAGUGAUUGAAGAAGUUUAGAACGAGGAUGGAAACUUGGAGAGGGAGCGUUUUGGUUUUGCUCCUGCUGUCACUGAGCUUGGGUAUCUUGGCUCACGGUGAGAGUGGAGGACGCAAGCAUGGCUACCACAGCUACUCGAGAUCUUGUCCUCAGGCCGAGAGGAUCAUAAGGGACACUCUAAGCAAGCACGCCGGUUGGGACAGGACGAUACCAGCAGGAGUUCUUCGCUUGCACUUCCACGACUGUUUCGUCGACGGCUGUGAUGGAUCGAUUCUUCUCGACUCAACUCCCACCGACGGAACUAAAGUGGAAAAAUUGUCCCUUCCAAACUUCAUGUCCGCCAGGGGCUUCGAGGUGAUUGAGGAAGCAAAGCAGAGGUUGGAAGCAGCUUGUCCUGGAGUUGUCUCCUGUGCCGACACUCUCGCCAUAGCUGCCAGAGACUCGACCGUCAUGCUUGGAGGAAAGUAUUACCAAGUCCCAACCGGACGCUACGACGGAAGAGUUUCCAGCCAGGAACGUGGCAACACCUUACCAUCCCCGUUUGGCGAUGCCUCGGCUCUCAUUCAAAACUUCAAGGAGCGCGGCUUGUCAGUCCAGGACCUCGUCGUUCUCUCAGGUGGUCACACUCUUGGUACCGCCGGCUGCGCCACAUUCAGCAAUCGUUUGGACAACUUUACGAAAACUGGCAAGCCGGACCCGACCAUCAAUCCCAGAUACCUCUCUCAUCUCCGGAGGCAGUGCCCAGCACCGGGGUCGCCAAACCGUGUGGCGCUGGACAAAGGCUCGGAGUUUGUGUUCGACAACAGCUACCACAAGAACUUGGCCAGGAGAAACGGGGUCCUCACGUCGGAUCAAGUUCUCAACGAGGACUCGAGAACAAGUCACUACGUCAAGAACUUUGCGCACAAGCAGCACGACUUUUUGUCGCAGUUUGCGGCCUCGAUGGUGAAGAUGGGAUACAUUGGGUGGAAGAACAAGCACAAUGGGGAAAUCAGGAGGGUGUGCUCCAUGGUAAACACCCAUUAAACACGGUGAAACCGUGACUGAUUCUUUUUGGAAAUAAUCGUAAACUGUGAAUAUGGCCAUUUUUCUUUA